AUGUCCUCCCAAUGGCGGCUUCCGCGUCUUUCCUUCUUCCAAUCACUCCGCCAGUCUCAAUUUACUUUGCCUGUGCGCCCGGAGUUUCUGGUUUCAUCUGCCUUCCACUUUGUUAAUCCUCGCCAUCAUGUAACGGCCACGGAUAAUAUCACUCAGGUAUUUCCAGAGUCUGCGAUUGCCGGGCUAAGCGACGAGGAAGCAUUGGCGUUAUUCACUUAUGGGUUCUUCGGUGGCUUCGUCUUUGGGUUCGAGAGGUCUAUCCUACGAAUGGGGGGCUGGAAUUUGUUUCCAGCGCGGUAUACGGGUUUCCAAGGAGAUCCACAUGCAUCCCAGAUCUGGAAUCUUUCCGAACUUCCGAGCCGUCACCUUCUCCCUGUCGGCAGCUCCCUUUUCGGGUCAUUCAAAGUGAUGGACAAGCAAAUAGUAUCGGAAUCAUCGGACCAGCGGGCCAGUUACGUGGAUUAUGGGUUUGGCUCGGACGAGUUCAGGUUUGCAGGCUGCCACCGUUUCCAAAUCACUCGAUCGCCGCGUAUAAACGCUGAGCCCCUGGUGCAGUUCGAGCUACAGCAUUUCCGUUGUAAUCCUCAAGAAAACCAACCAUUAUUUGUGGCGGAACAUAUUGCGUGGUUUCAUUAUGGCUAUGCGAAGGCGUUGUUUGCGAAUGCAGUUCAAUGCAUUCUACUGCGGUAG